AUGGCUGGUAACACUCACCUCAUCAGACAAUACAGUGAUGCUUAUGUGGACACUAUCUAUUUAACAGUGGACCCUUCGACAAGGUCGCUGUUCUGUUUAACCUACAACUUGUCACGUACUGGUAAACGUGCCGCAGAGUCUAUCGAUGUUGGUGCCAAAGUUGCUUCAAUCGGUGCUAUCCAACAUGUCGAAUCGGAAAUCAUUGAAGCACUCAAAAAAAAGAUCAAAACUGGUUCACGUUUUAGAACAUAG